AUGACAUUCGACUGCAUUUCAAUCCGAGGUAUCAAUCAAUGGUUAAAGUGACAAUGGAAACCGAGUGCGAUCCGCUAUGCAUUAAAGACGAGAAUCAAUUGGCAGACUCGUGGGUCGAUUCGGACGAGCCGCACAACCAAUUGACCUCGGAAUUCGAGUGCGAAGACGUGAAAAUCGGAUUAGCCGGUGAUUCGCAGCCACUACCCCUACAACGAUCGUCGAGCGAGUUUCACUUCGAGACGGUGUUCGUCGAGUGCGUACCCGAAGACGAUCUCUUGGAGGAGGCCAGCAGCACCGACCCCAUCUGCACGGGCUCGGCUGCAAAAAAGUCCAAGCACACGUGUCAGGCGUGCCUCAAAACAUUCAAAUCGAGCCACAGCCUGGCCAGUCACGUGGACGCCGUCCACCUCGGCGUCAAGGCCUACGAGUGCGACCUGUGCCACAAGUCGUUCGGCUGGCGGGGCGACGUCAAGAAGCACAUCGACGCCAUACACCGGGGCCUCAGGCCCCACCAAUGUCCCCAGUGCCCGCGCAGCUUCGCCCAGAGCCAGACGCUCAAGCUGCACCACGACUCGGUGCAUCGCCGACUCAGGCCCUACCGCUGCGACCAGUGCGACCUCACUUUCGGCCAGAAGAAGACCCUCGUGGCGCAUCGGGACUCGCGUCACCGUGGCCUCCGGCCGUACGCGUGCGCCGAGUGUCCCAGGUCGUUCACCCGCAAGGACCUUCUGAGGACGCACGCGAGAACGAAGCACGAGAAAAAUUCCGAGAAAGAGUGA